AUGCGAAGGGCAGGCGCAUUGGCGCUUUUGAGCGCUCUUGCUCACGGUACCCUCGCCGCAGCCGACAGCUUGCCGCGAGGCGUCGGACCCGAGUUUGCCAAGUUCUACGCGAGCAAGUCAACUUUCACAUGCAUCGGCAACCCCUCCGUUACGCUCGAGUCGUCCCAGGUCAAUGACAACUCGUGCGACUGCCCCGAUGGCUCCGACGAGCCAGGCACGGCUGCUUGCUCGCAUAUCGACGCACUUUCACCCGAGCAACCACUCCCUGGGUCGAUCACGGGCACCACUAACACGACCAAUGCCCUUCCCGGCUUCUGGUGCGCCAAUGCAGGCCACAUUGGGGCCUAUGUGCCAUUCAUGUACGUCAAUGAUGGCGUAUGCGACCACGAUAUAUGCUGCGAUGGCAGUGACGAGUUUGGACACGUUGGCGGGGUCCAAUGCGAGAAUCGUUGCGACGCGAUUGGCAAAGAGCACCGUCGCCUCGAAGAGGAACGCAGGCAGAGUAAGGAGCGGUCGGCUAAGCGGAGGCGAACUAUGGCCAAGGAGGCCAGGGAACUACGCCGAAGAGUGGAGGCCAAGGUCACCGCCUUGAAGGCGGAAAUUGAGGGACUCGAAAUUAAAAAAGGAGAAAUGCAAAAGAAAUACGAGGAGGUUGAGCGUUCCGAGCGGAACAAGGUUGUCAAGGUUGAUGGGCAAGGAGGAAAACUUGGUGUUCUUGUCGGUCUGGCGAAAAACCGGGUUUCCGAGCUCCGCAAUGCGCUGGAUAAGCUGUUGGACCAGCGUGAUGACCUGCAGGACAGGGUUGACCAGCUGGAGGAUAUCCUCUCCAAGUUCAAGGAAGAGUAUAACCCCAACUUCAAUGAUGAAGGCGUCAAGGCCGCGGUCAAGGGCUGGGAGGACUACGCGGCUGGCCAAGCUGGCGAGAAGCAGCCCGAGCUAACGGACGCUGAUGUCAUGGAGAUGCUGAAAGAAGACGGCGAGACUUCCGGCAUUAACUGGGCGGAGUUCGAGAACUCGGACGCCAGUGAUGCAGAUAUCGUCUACAACUGGGAAGCCUACCUCCCAAGCCCCGUUAAUGACUUCAUCCGCGACAAAAUCAACGUCUUGCGCAUCUGGGCCAUCGACAACGGCAUCCUGGCUGACAAUCGCGGCGGCGCUGGCGAAUCUCGUCUGGUCACGGCAGCCAGGGAAGCGCUGAACGCUGUUAAGACCGACAUCUCGUCCAGGACAUCGAGCCUCGAGGAGCAAGAGCGUGACCUGGAGAAAGACUACGGCAUGGACGACAUUUUCCGUGCUCUCAAGGGGAAGUGCGUCAGCAGCAACGUUGGCGAGUACGACUACGAGCUGUGUUGGAUGGACCGUACAAUGCAGAAAAGCAGGAAGGGCCACGGCAACACCAAUAUGGGCAAUUUUGUGCGCAUCGACAAGGAGUUGGCGGACGAGGAGGAACGAGUCGAUGGGAAGAGUUUGGGCAAGGGCGAAAGAAUGGUGCUGCGGUAUGAGAACGGUCAAGGCUGCUGGAACGGCCCGAACAGGAGGACCGAUGUUUGGCUCACGUGCGGGGAGACGGACGAGUUGUGGCGCGUGUCAGAGUCCGAAAAGUGCGUCUACAAAAUGGAGGUGGGUACCCCCGCUGCCUGCGAAGACGUUCAAGAGCCGGGAGUGCAGGCCAAGGAUGAGCUCUAG